AGAAGGACCUUAUCAAUGGGAAACUACAAAUCAAGACCAUCUCAGACAUGUACAGAUGAGUGGAAGAAGAAGGUGGGUGAGUCGUACUCUGUGAUUGUCGAGAAGCUGGAAGACGACCUCCAGCUCAAAGACAGUGAGCUCGUGGAUCUCAAACUUGCUUUCAGCUCUGAUGAAGCUUUUCAGAAGGUGAACUUGAGCUACCGAACAGAGAAGGGGCUGUCGCUGCUGCAUCUCUGCUGCGCAUGUGGAGGUAACAAGGCCCAUAUUCGCUCCUUGAUGCUCAAAGGCCUGCGUCCUUCCAGACUGUCCAGGAAUGGAUUCACUGCACUCCACCUGGCUGCUUACAAGGACAAUGCUGAGCUGCUGACUGCACUUCUCCAUGGAGGGUCAGACGUGCAGCAGGUGGGCUACGGAGCCCUCACUGCCCUGCAUGUGGCUACCUUGGCUGGGCACCAUGAGGCAGCAGAUAUACUCCUGCAGCAUGGAGCCUUUGUGAAUGUUCAGGAUGCUGUGUUUUUCACCCCACUGCACAUUGCUUCUUACAACGGCCACGAGCAGGUGGCAAAGCUGCUGCUAAAGUUUGGGGCAGAUGUGAAUGCGAGUGGUGAGGUAGGAGACCGGCCACUGCACCUGGCUGCAGCCAAGGGUUUCCUCUGUAUCGUCAAACUGCUGAUGGGGGAAGGGAGCAAAGCUAACGUAAAUGCCCAGGACAAUGAAGAUCAUGUUCCUCUCCACUUCUGCUCCCGUUUUGGUCACCAUGAGAUCGUGCGCUUCCUCCUGCAGGGCAACUUUGACGUACAGCCUCACUCUGUCAACAUCUACGGCGACACACCUUUACACUUGGCCUGCUAUAAUGGGAAAUUUGAGGCAGCAAAAGAGAUUAUACAGCUUUCUGGCAAUGAAAGUCUGUCGAAGGAGAACAUAUUCAGCGAGACAGCACUUCACAGUGCAUGCACCUAUGGCAAAGACUUGGAGAUGGUGAAGUUCUUGUUGAGCCAGAAUGCUAUGAGCAUCAACCAUCAGGGCAGAGAUGGACACACAGCCCUACACAGUGCCUGUUUCCACGGCCACAUCCGCCUGGUACAGUUCUUGCUGGACAACGGGGCAGACAUGAACCUGGUUGCCUGCGACCCCAGCAGGUCCAGUGGGGAGAAGGACGAGCAGACCUGCCUGAUGUGGGCUUAUGAAAAAGGUCACGAUGCUAUUGUCACCUUGCUGAAACACUACAAACGUCCAGAUGACUCCCCCUGCAAUGAGUACUCCCAGCCAGGAGGAGACGGGUCCUACGUUUCCGUCCCUUCUCCUCUGGGAAAGAUCAAAAGCAUGACUAAAGAGAAAGCAGAAGUUCUCCUGCUCAGGGCCAGCCUCCCAUCUCACUUCCAUCUUCAGCUGUCUGAGCUGGAGUUUAAUGAAAUUAUCGGAUCAGGCUCCUUUGGAAGAGUCUACAGAGGCAAAUGCAGAAACAAAAUUGUUGCCAUAAAACGCUAUCGAGCCAACACGUACUGCUCGAAGUCAGACGUGGACAUGUUCUGCAGAGAGGUCUCCAUCCUCUGUCGCCUCAACCACCCCUGUAUCAUCCAGUUUGUGGGGGCGUGUCUGGACGACCCCAGCCAGUUUGCCAUUGUAACUCAAUAUGUCUCUGGAGGCUCACUGUUCUCUCUCCUGCACGAGCAGAAGAGGCUUAUCGACCUGCAGUCCAAGCUCAUCAUUGCCAUUGAUGUGGCCAAGGGCAUGGAAUACCUGCACAACCUCACCCAGCCUAUCAUCCACAGGGACCUCAACAGCCACAAUAUUCUGCUGUAUGAGGAUGGACAUGCAGUGGUGGCUGAUUUUGGCGAAUCUAGAUUUCUACAAUCUAUGGAUGAGGAUAACAUGACCAAGCAGCCGGGGAACCUGCGUUGGAUGGCUCCUGAGGUGUUCACCCAGUGUACUCGCUACUCAGUGAAGGCAGACAUGUUCAGCUACGCCCUCUGUCUGUGGGAGCUGCUUACUGGAGAAAUUCCCUUUGCUCACUUGAAACCUGCUGCUGCAGCAGCAGACAUGGCCUACCAUCACAUCCGGCCUCCUAUUGGCUACUCCAUCCCCAAACCCAUCUCUGCACUUCUGAUGAGAGGCUGGUACGCCUGCCCAGAGGCUAUUCAGCGUUUUCCAAUGUCUAAGGAUUGUCCAGCUGUUAAGAUCCCUACCAUGGCAAGUCCCCAUUUGAAAUUUGGGACAGGCCUGAAUUCUCUGAAGUGGUUUCCAACCUGGAGGAAUGUUUGUGCAACGUUGAGCUUAUGUCUCCAGCCUCCAGUAACAGCAGCGGCUCCCUGUCGCCCUCCUCAUCCUCUGACUGUCUGCUGGGGCGAGGAGGACCCGGCCGGAGCCACGUGGCCGCCCUGCGCUCCCGCUUUGAACUCGAGUAUGCUCUCAACACUCGCGCCUACGCCUUCUGGACUCAAAGUGAGCGGCGUCGUGCAUCCGGAGGCCUUUCACUGGAGGAACUCAGAAGGAACAUGCAGUUUUCCCCCAUUGACCGAAAUGGGUACGUGUCUGAUCCCAUGAGCACCAUGAGAUUCUGCUCUUCCUUCAGCAGCAGUGGCAGCUUCGAGGACAGUAACUGAACCUGCUUUGAGCUCCUAGUCCGCUUUAUUAUUGCCUUAUUAAUCCAGACAUUCAUGCCUGUUUUUGACAAUUCAUUUGAAGUAAAACUGUAUAAAUAGAUGGUAGAAGUAGAUGUUGCUAACUAACUUGCUACCUAAAUUGUAUUUAGUUGUACCAUACUGUAUAUGGGUGAGUUGUUUACAGUACUCUUAGUUCCUAAUAUCUACAGUCUUGUGUUAAAUUUGAUUUACUGGUUACAAAAUGUAUGUAAACAAUUUUUAAAUAUUUUGUUGAGGCUUUCAGAUCUUGUAAAUACUGUAUGUAUGACAAGCACCAUUUGUUUUUGUAUACACAUGGUUUGCACGAAUCUGAAAUACAAGCUUUGAGAAUCUCAGUCAAAGCUCGCGUUAAUUCUGACAUCAAAUGUACACCCGCUCUUCAUUCAAGUGAGGGGGGUAAGAAGCAGAACGUCACUAUCUAUGUCACUGUUUUUAUUUUCUGAGUGGCCAAAUCACACUAGGGUUCAGUCAUUGACAGAUCUCAAAUGAAAAGAUGAAGCCUCACAAACCCACACUUGCCAUACAAAUCGGGUGAAUAGGCAAUCCAAAUAAAUAUACAGUAAGUCUCUAAGUAUGUUUUUGAAUAAGAGGUAGUGUUAGCAGCAGUAAUGACACAAAUCAGUGCGUAGGUUUGACAUUUCAAAAUGUUAACAGUUUUAAUUACCUAAUUAGCAGCCUAAUGAUAAAUGAAUCAUCCAUGUUAGCUUUGGUUAACAUUCCUGUAGUGAAGUGCUUGUGCCAGGUCUGUGGAAAUGUAAAGUGUACCAAAUAAGAUGUGGGAGUCCAACAACUAUGAAUUAUUCACUCACUUGUGAGUGUGAGUGGAAGAGUAUCUGUUUACAGGUAAUAGGUGAUAGCAGCUGUGCUUGAUACCUCACGCAAACUUUGCCUCUUUGUUACCACAACAAUAGGAAGAGAUGGGCUAUUGUAAACAUUUCCUGCAGCCGUCAAAACUCAUUAUGCAGCUUCUUCUUCUUGGUGACUGAGGGAUGAAGACUAUAUAACAAGUCAUUGUAAUGUAAACAUAGAAGCCAUAGGACACUUGACGGACUCUGUCAAAACUGAAAUCAAAUUACGUUUCCUGAUCUAGCCAUCUGAUUGUCUAAUCGCUUUAUAAAUACUCACUUUUACAAUUGAACUGCUUUUGUAUGUUAUCUUGUAAAGUAAGUAAAGCUUCAGUGCACCUUAGUGCCGCUCUGACGUGUGAAUCUCUAAUGUCCACUCUCUGUCCUCACGGCAGUCAGCAGAGGAUAUGAACUUUGACCAAACAAUGUUUCAUCCACUGAGAAAGUGCUCAGCCGAUCUUUACUGAGAGUGUGUGCGAUGUCUUGGAUGAGCUGCACGUCUCUUCUGUCUCCGCUGAUGCUCGUGUCUGACGCCGUGGGUUGGAUCUCUUCGUGACGGGCCUCCUCCUGGCUUCCAUCUUCUGACUUGGAUGCUGUAAAAUCAGCUAUUUCUGUAACUUGUCGACUUUGUUCCCAUGCUUCUUCUUCUGUAUCUCUCAGUUCAUUUGCUUUCGGUUCGGAGAGCUCUUCUGGGCUCGACGAAUGCUCACGAUGCUUCUCUGUUUUAGAUGAAAGAAGAUCUAUUAACUCUUCAAUUGCUGCAGGUUUUUCAUUCAAGUCUGGACCAUCAUCAGUUCUUUUCUCCUCAGUUUGGUUCUCGGAGACGCUCUCAGGCCUGCCACUGGUUACUGAAUGAUGAGUACCUGCCAUGCUUUCCACCUCAGUUUUGAAAAUAUCAGUUUGCUCAGCGUUAUCCUCCAUUAAACCCUCUUGAACUGUGUCUUCUUCCAGAGAUCCCCUGCUUCGUUUGUGCUCUACUGACCGCACGUCUUGCCCGUUCACGUCAUUUUGUUCACUCUCCGUUUUUUGUAAGAAGUCUGUCACCGCAGUCCCCUCCUCCACUUGCUGUGUGUCUGUGGCGGCGUCAUCCUCACAUGGUUCGCCAUCUUCAGAGUGGUCUGACUCUCCAGCUUCCUCUUCGGCUUUGUCCCCUGACUCAUUUACAUCUUUUGGCGCGUGCUCUUGCAUGUCCGAAGGCGAUUCCUUCAAGUCUUCUAAAGGUUCAACAAACGUCUCAAAGAACUUUGAUGUUUGAUGCGUGGUAACCCAGUCUGUGACCAGAUCUGUGUUGUCUUCUCUUGCUGAGGCCUCUGGAGUUUCUUCACCAACUGGAGCGCUCUCUUCUGUGUUAUCAGCCUCGUUGUUUUGCGUCAGCUGUGCCGACUGUUCUUGAGGUUUGAGCAGCACACUCGCUCCUUCCUCCGAGGCCUUGCUCGCAUCCUCCAUGUCUGCUCCGUUAUCUCCGUCUGUGGCAGAGAGGUCAGCGGCAGCGGCACUUUCAUCAGCGUGUGGGUGUUCGUCAGCCUUACAGUCAGACGGUGAGGUGGACUCAUCUAACUCGUGACCUGUGAUGUCAAAAUCCACAGCUUUGGGUGUUGAAGAUUGCGCCUGAUCACCUGAGGAAGCAACUAUGACCUCGCUGACAUUUAUCUGGGAGUUAUCGUUCUUUUUGGUCCCAUCUGAAUCCCUGUUUUCAUGAUCAGGGUCAGAUAUGUCACCGCUUUCUUUUUGUUUUGUCUCCUCACCAUCCUUUCCGUCAUCUGAUUUAGAUUCCUCUUUAAUUUCCGUACCAGAUGUGUCUGGCUGCGAGCCGGGUUUAGCAGAUUCGUCUUGCUUUUCCACAUAGUCAUCCCCUUCCUGAGCUUCACUUUCUGCCAUAUCAGUAUCAAGAGCCUGUUCAAACUUGGCGUCUUCAUGUUUUUCACCGCCCUCUCCAGACUCCGCAGUUACUUCUUUUACCUCUGUGCUCUCGUCUUCCAAAGGUUCCUCAGUUUCUCUCUCAUCUUCGGUAUUCUCUGCUGUUUUCACGUCACAUUUGCCCUCAGUUUGGGCCUCGUCCUCAUCCUCAUGAGUUUCACUAUUUGCUCUGGUAGAAAUCUCUCCAUUUUCAGCAUCAAUGUUAUCACUUCGUCUUUCAGUCUCUUUAUUAACAUCGUUAGCCUCCAUCGUGUUGUUUAGUGUCUCUUCAGUCAUUUUAGUCCGAUGUGCUAAAUUUGCUGCUUCACUAUCACCGACAUCCUCUGUCACAACAUUAUUGGCAUCACAUAUAUUCACGUUAUCUUUGUCCAAGUCUGCAUCUGCACUUUCCUCAGGUUCUUCAACAAUCUCAGAUAAUUGUUCUGCCUCUACAUUUACAUUUUUCUCUUUAGAUUCUUCGUCGUCUUUAUUCUUCACAGCUUCACUUUGCUCAGCUUCGUUCUCAUUCUGAUCUUUCUCUUCCUUGUCUGCAUCAACAUCCCUUUCUUCAUCAGCAGCUGUGUUUGUCUCAUUUGUCUUUUCACCCUCAUUAGUUUCAUCACUUGUGGCACCCUUUUCUUCAGAUUCUUCCUUGUCACAUUCAUCCUGGACACGUUCACCAUCUUGAUCUUUCUCUGCCUUUUCUGAUUCAUCUGCCUUGUCUUCAUCUUCCUUGCUGCGGGGUUUCUCAGCUUGUUCUUCAUUUACAUUUGCUUCAGUGUUCGAGUCAGUUUUAGUCCACUCUAAAAUGUUUUCCAGGUUUUCUAUUCCUCCUUCUGUUUUAUUCUCAUUAUUCUCUUCUUCUGUCUUGUCCUUAUCAUCCCACUCUCUUUCCUCAUAAUUGUCACCUUCUGUUAGCUCAUCUGCAUUUGUUUGAUUUUCUUCCUCCUUACCUUCCUCUUCAGAUUUCUCUUCUAACCUAUCAUAUGUUUCCACAGAUCUUUCUGUCUGCUCUUCCCCCACAUCACACCUUUCUUCUUGAUUGUCAUCCUUACUAGCCUCUACUGCUGACACUUCCUCUGCUUCCUCUUCUUUAAUAUCAUCUUUACUGCUCUCAUCUUUUGCACUGUCCUCACUUGUAUCUGCUGUUUUUUCAACUGUGGUGUCUGCGCUCCCCUCCAACGAGCUGCUUGAAGUCUCUGCUGAGACUUCUGUUUCUGAUGCUGCCGCUCUGUCCUCGCUGUGUCCCUGCUGCCUCUUCUCUGUGUCGGCUACAGGUGCCUCUUCACAGUUGAGGGCCUCUCCCUCCUCUGAGGGUUCUGCUUUCAUCUCCAUUGUCUCGCUCGCUGUCAUCGCCUCCGCCUCUGCAUUAUCGGGCACUGCUGUCUCAUCAGUCUCUUUAUUCGGCUCUGAUACUGAUGACUCAUCCUCCUCGCUGCUUUUUGCCCCUUGCCCUGUCUUGUCCGGCUGCGCGUCGGCCUCCACUGCAGUUUUCUCCUCAUUUUCCUCGCCUCUCUCUGCAGCCUCAGCAUCAGUGGAUUCAGCUGCUGUAUCUUCGUGAGGCUCUGAAGUUGUGCCAUCCUCAGCCAUUUCCUCUUCACGUACAGGAUGCAGACCCGUAUCGUCUGUGUCCUCGGAUUUAUCGUUCUCUGCUGUGUUUAUAUUUUCUUCUGAUGCAGACUUUUCAUCUUCCUCAUCUAUUUUGACCAUCUCAUCUUUAGUACCGUCACUGUUCUCGCAGGGCUCUUGUUCAGUUUCGUGCUCCUGUACCACUUCACCUUCCACAACACCUUCCUCACAUUUCGUCUCUUCUACGGGGGUCUGCUCCUCUGUAAAAGUCAAUGAUUUCUCUGGAACUGCAUCUGCAAAUGUAAAUGAGGGAUUGUUUAGGAAAAUAUGGAUUUUAGUGCAAAGGUUGUCUUGUGCAGCAUGCUUAUUGAUUUGAAUGAAAAUUUAAAUCUGGUACCCUUGUUGUGGCCUUUAUCUAUAGACUCCUCCUCCUCCUCAGUACUGGUGUCGCUCAGUUCGGGCUCAGAGCUGCACUGGUACUCCUUCAGUAUGGCCUCUGCCAGCUUCUCCUGCACAGAUUUGGCUUGGGAAAGAAAAAGAUAUCAGUUCAUGUUCAAGUAAGCGCAGGACUUUGUGAGCCAAAAGUUAAAAUAUAUGAGGCGGUAUUGGAAAAAUGCUAAUGCAACGAGAGAAUAAAGAAACAUACAGCCAUAAACAAAAAAAUAUGUCUUUAAUGUUUCCAGGUGCAAACAUAAGGUGGCAACACAACAUGCAAGCGGAUGCUUAAGUGAACAUGCACAGUAAGAAAAAAAAAAAAACAUAACAAACAUAAACAAGCAUCAUUCAGUACA